GCAUUUGGAAUGGCAACGGCAACUGGAACGGCAAUUGGAACGGCAAUUUCCCGUCAGAUAACAACCAACAAAUCAUCAGUGAUGGAGGUUCCCACAUCUCCAUCUCUGGUGGGGGCUCCCAUAUCUCCAUCUCUGGUGUCUCACAAAGCAUAAGCAUCAAUAGCCAAACACAGAAGGCAAUUAUGGAGCAAAAGAGCAACCAUUUGUCCUGGAAAACCAUCUGGAACUACAACACGGGUAUCAUUGUAACAAAAGUGAUGCCAGAGAGAACAUGCUACAUUUCCACCAUGAACAGGAGUGAGAUGCCUACCUUUGCUGCACUUGUCAGAGUGGCUGCAGAGAGGAGGAACAUGAUUGGCGGUUUUGGAAGACCUACCGAGGAGAUCACCUUUGUCACCAAUGGAUUGGUCAGCAACCUCAGUUCUUACGGAGCAGACGUCUUUGCUAUGUGCAGUGGACUCACCACCUACAUGACUUAUGAAGUUCACGUACCCCAAUACAAUCAACCGUCAUGCACGGCACUCAACGUCUUGAGACUUGUGGAGCUGAAGUACUGCCAUGGCAAUGGACAGCUCGGAAAAGCUUACAUUUCUUGAACCAAGAUCCAGCCUUCAGAGCUGCUGCCCAAAGCCAACCCUGAUACCGUUCUUCCCUGACAUCUCUUCUUU